AACGUCUCUCAGAGGGCAUCCGGGCGUAGCUUGUCCCAUCGUGGCCAUGCCAUGGCUCCGGAGGAGAGCCGCGAAACUGCCAAGCGCUGGCGGCGCCGUGAAAAGCAGCCAGAGGAAGUGCAUGCUGAGGCUGAAGUAGACCUUGGCCAUGAGGACCAGCAGAGGCCGCAGCUGCAAGAAAGGCCAAAGGAAGCUACUACCUUGCGAGACGGGCGUCACAAACCCUUGGAGCCCUGUCCCAUUUGCAUGGAGGGCUUCACGUCUGAUGGAAUGCCCAGGACAUGCCGCAAGUGCAGCAACAGCUUCCACCAGGCAGAGCUGCUGCGUCUUGCAAAUGACGAGAGCGGUAUGCGCAAGGCUUGCCUUUCCGAAUGGGCGAAGAAGGAGCAGCAGAUCAAAUGGGAACAAAAGCCGUGGAUGCUUCCAUCACAGUUUGAGUCUGGCAGCUGUCCAUGCUGCCGGUCUUCAAAGGGACAUGACAGGUCCAGGCGCUGGAAGAAGUGAAGUCGUCAACAGCCGCCUGACAAAGUGUCGGCUGCGCCAGGCCGUUUCGCAACAGGUUUCCGCUCACCAGAGAUGCCGCAAAUGUGGCACUUUGGGGCUGCAGCGCGAGCAGAAUUUUCUUGACACCAGCCACCUGCUGAAAGCCGAAAUCUCAUGUUGGAUGCAAUUUGGGACGAGAGGCUCACCGUGUACAGAUGGUGCCCAGAGAUGCGAGUUAUC